ACCCUUUUGGGGGGUCUCUUUCGUAGGAGGUGUGAGGUGGAGCGCGGUCUCUCCUUGUCGGUGGAUCCGGUGUCUCGCGGUGCCGUCUCCUCCGGUCUCCCCCGGGAUGGCGUGCUAUCUGAAGGACGAGCUUCUGUGCUCCAUCUGUCUCAGCAUCUAUCAGGACCCGGUGAGCUUCGGCUGUGAACAUUAUUUCUGCCGUAAAUGUAUCACGGAGCAUUGGAGCCGCCAGAAGCACGGGGGUCCCCUGGACUGUCCGGAGUGCCGGAGGUCCUUCGCUGAGCCCACCUUGUCCCCCAGCCUGAAGCUCUCCAAUAUUGUGGAAAGGUACUCGGCCUUCCCCCUGGACGCCAUCCUCAGCGCCCAGCGCAGCUCCUUCCCCUGCAAGGACCACGACAAAGUGAAGCUCUUCUGCCUGACCGACCGAGCCGUGGUCUGCUUCUUCUGUGACGAGCCCUCCCUGCACGAGCAGCACCAGGUCACCAACGUGGACGAGGCCUUCGAGGAACUGCAGCGAGAACUGAAGGAGCAGCUCCAGGCGUUGCAGGAGAGCGCCAGGGGCCACACCGAGGCCCUCCAACUACUGAAGCGUCAGCUGGCCGAGACCAAGUCCUCUGCCAAGAGCCUGCGCGCCACCAUCAGCGAGGCCUUCGAGCACCUCCACCGACUGCUGCGAGAGCGCCAGAAGGCCAUGCUGGAGGAGCUGGAGUCCGACACGGCGCGCACCCUGACCGACAUCGAGCACAAGGUCCAACGCUACAGCCAGCAACUGCGCAAGGUGCAGGAGGGGGUGCAGAUCCUGCAGGAGCGCCUGGCGGAGAGCGACAAACACAACUUCCUGGCGGGGAUCUCAUCGCUGUCUGAGAGGUUAAAGGGAAAGAUCCACGAGACCAACCUGACCUACGAAGACUUCCCCACCUCCAAGUAUAUGGGGCCCCUGCAGUACACCAUCUGGAAGUCGCUCUUCCAGGACAUCCACCCGGUGCCGGCGGCGUUGACGUUGGACCCGGUGACCGCCCACCAGCGCCUGAUCCUCUCGGAUGACUGUACGAUCGUGGCGUACGGUAACUUGCACCCUCAGCCUCUGCAGGACUCUCCGAAGCGCUUUGACGUGGAGGUGUCGGUGUUGGGCUCGCAGGUCUUCGAUGGCGGCGUCCAUUACUGGGAGGUGGUCGUCUCCGACAAGACGCAGUGGAUGAUUGGACUGGCCCACGAAGCCGUGAGCCGCAAGGGAAGUAUUCAGAUCCAGCCCGGGAAAGGCUUCUACUGCAUCGUGAUGCAUGAUGGGAACCGCUACAGCGCCUGCACAGAGCCCUGGACGCGGCUCAACGUCAAGAGCAAAUUAGAGAAGGUCGGCGUCUAUCUGGACUAUGACAAGGGUCUCCUGAUCUUCUACAACGCCGACGACAUGUCCUGGCUCUACACCUUCCGCGAGAAAUUCCCCGGAAGACUCUGUUCCUAUUUCAGCCCCGGGCAGAGCCACGCCAACGGCAAGAAUGUACAACCGCUGCGCAUCAACACGGUGCGAAUAUAGCCCCGCCCCCCACCAUGCUGCUGCCUGUCCGGGGGAGGGAGGGGCCCCAUAUUUACAUAUUCCAUCUCUCCUUCAUCCACUGAGGGACACAGGAAUUCAGAACCGUCGAGUGACACCGCUGCCCGCAGGAGGUCAAGACCUUCGAAAAAGUCCUAAACCAGCCCCCUUGUGUCCCAAUCUCCACCCAGCAACCAGCUCCCUUGUAUCCCAAUCUCCACCCAGCCCCCUUGUGUCCCACUAAACCAGCCCCCUUGUGUCCCACUAAACCAGCCCCCUUGUGUCCCACUAAACCAGCCCCCUUGUGUCCCACUAAACCAGCCCCCUUGUGUCCCACUAAACCAGCCCCCUUGUGUCCCACUAAACCAGCCCCCUUGUGUCCCACUAAACCAGCCCCCUUGUGUCCCACUAAACCAGCCCCCUUGUGUCCCACUAAACCAGCCCCCUUGUAUCCCACUAAACCAGCCCCCUUGUAUCCCACUAAACCAGCCCCACUAAACCAGCCCCCUUGUGUCCCACUAAACCAGCCCCCUUGUAUCCCACUAAACCAGCCCCCUUGUAUCCCAAUCUCCACCCAGCAACCAGCCCCCCUUGUAUCCCACUAAA